AGGCCCCCUUCCUUUUCCUCAGAGCUUCUCCAACAUCGUACAUACAAUGGCACUGAUCCUUACAAAGGAGCUACAUUCCCCACUUACGCUGCUCCUUUUAGUAUCAUAUUCGUGCAUUGGCUUAGUCCAGGUUGGGCCAAUAGCAGUGCAGGCGCAAGGGCCGCUCUUCACUGACUCACGGUGGAUCGUGGACGGGGCGGGGCGGCGGGUUAAGCUUGCGUGCGUUAACUGGCCAAGCCACCUCCAGCCCAUGCUGGCCGAGGGGCUCAGCAAGCAGCCUGCUGACGUGAUCAUGAAGAAGAUCAAGUCGAUGGGAUUUAAUUGUGUCAGGUUCACUUGGCCUCUCGAGUUGGUCACCAACGGUUCAUUGGCUUCCCGCACCGUGAACCAGUCGUUCCAGGGCCUCGGGCUGAGCCAAGCCCUCGCCGGCAUUGCAGCCAACAAUUCCUGGGCUCCUGAUCUUACCCUGAUAGAUGCUUUUAAGGCAAUGCUGGCGAGGUUUCAGCGAAACAAUGUGAUGAUCGUCCUUGAUAACCAUCUAACUGUACCUGGCUGGUGUUGUCAGUGGAGCGACGGAAAUGGAUUCUUCGGAGACAAGUUCUUCGAUCCCAACCUUUGGGUGAACGGCCUAAUUAAGAUGGCAAGGUUAGCUACCAGUUUUCCAAACGUCAUUGGCAUGAGCCUCAGGAACGAGCUUCGCGGCCCAAGAUCAAAUGUAGACGAUUGGUACAAGUACAUGCAACAAGGCGCGGAGGCGGUACACACCACGAAUCCGAAUGUCCUAGUGAUCCUUUCGGGACUGAACUAUGACACGGACCUCUCCUUCCUCCAAAACAGGUCCAUCCAUGUCUCGUUCGCGAGGAAGCUCGUGUUCGAGGUUCACUGGUAUAGUUUCAGCGACGGGCGAAGGUGGACGGCAGGAAACCUCAACGAUCUGUGUGGGAACAUAUCCAGUAGAGUCAUGGCCCGGGCUGGCUUCCUCGCCCGCAAGAACCUCAGCCCAUUAUUCCUAAGUGAGUUCGGGGUGGAUGGUCGUGGGACCAAUGCAGGUGACAACCGGUACCUGCCCUGCAUCUUGGCGAUGGCGGCGACGGAGGACUGGGACUUCGCCAUAUGGGCUCUCCAAGGGAGUUACUAUCUCAGGGAAGGGGUGAUGGAUAUGGAAGAGUUCUAUGGGCUGUUGGACGACAACUGGAGCAACGUUCGAAACCUCACCUUGUUGACGAGGUUGUCCUCCCUUCAAAUUCCUUAUAGGGGACUGCCAUUGAAACGGAUGCACAUGAUCCUCUUCCACCCGCAGACCGGACUCUGUGUCACAAAUGGGCCACCAACCAGGUCACUGCGACUCAGCUCCUGCAGGGCGGCACAGGCGUGGAUGUACGGUCCCCAGAGGUUCCUCCAAGCCGAAGGAACCAAAUCCUUCCUUCAAGCGGUUGGGCCUCAGAAGCCACCACGACUUGCUCCAAGUUCAACUUCACAAUGGGACAUGGUAUCGAAUUCAGGACUGCACCUAUCGGCCAAGGCCAUGGAUGGGAGCACCGUGUGCUUGGAUGUAGACGGAAAGGGAUUGUUGAUUACAAACGCCUGCAAGUGCUUGCAGGGAGAUAAGUCGUGCGACCCCACGAGCCAGUGGUUCGGAUUGGUCCAGAGCAACACGGUUUGAUUAGAGUGCUUCUAGGAAUUAAUAUCCUCAUCGAAGUUUAAGCACAUGAAUGCAAAUCGGCGUUGAAUAUCAUUUGUCAUAAGGGAAAUUAUAUGCCCCGAUCCACUUGUUUCAGCAAUUUAGAGUGUGUUUGUUUUCUGAAAUUUUUUUUAUCUCAA